GGAUUAGCUACAAUAAAACUUGAACAGUGCAUUAGAAACGUGUGAUUUAUUACAUAGGAUUUCAGUAAAACAAAUAAAAACUGAAGCUACUUUAUUUGAUGAGAAAUAUGAUUAAGUGUAAUCAGACCGCUAACUUUAAAAUGUGGAAAAUGUGACAUUUUAUAUGAAUCCCAUUUCCAAACCUCAAAUGUGCCACAUUAAAAGAAAGGAACGGAACAAAGAUCAAUCUAGUGGGUGAUUUUUGUUUUGGGAUGGAACACAAGGACUUGAUAAGAUUUGUGCCUGCUGGGUCUGAAUAUGAUGUUGUAAAACACAAAAAGAAAGUGAACAGUGAGACUCUUACUGGUGAUGAAGCAAAGGCAUUUUAUGAAGAUUUGAUCAAAGAAGAUGACGAGUCUGUUCAUAAAAGAAGUAGUACAAGAAAAGAAAGAAGGAGAAAUACAGUACAAAAACUGGGUAACACAAAGGAAGACAAGAGAUUGAAUUAUGAAACAAGGGAAGGAAUUGCAAUCAGUAAUGUAGGUAAUGCAGCAGAAUCAGGAGCAUUUGGUACAGGUAAAGCAGAGUUUAUUCAUAUAAAACAAGAACUUGAUGCUUCAGAUGUGUAUACAUGCAAUGACUUUGAUGAUAUUAACAAAAGACUGUUACCUAAAAGAAAUAACGAUACUGAUUUCCAAAGACUUCAUAAUCAUUUACUUAACUGUGCUCAAAAUGGUGAUUUGUCUGGACUCAAAAAGUUGUUCAGGAAUGAGAAAGAUCUAGAUGCAGACUUUCAAGAUGGUUAUGGAUGGACUGCAUUGAUGUGUGCAGCUGUUUCUAGACAUAAUGAUGUGAUAAGGUUUCUUUUAUCUAAAGGUGCCAACAAAUAUAUUCUAAACAAUAAAGGUCAGACAGUUUUAGAAAUUUGUGAAGAAGUUGGGGCGAUUGGUGAAAAAAUUGUGAUUAAUACCUACAGCAAAAGGUCUGCCGAAAGAACUGCAAAGAGAGAUAAUCCAAAAUUUUUCUGUGAUGUGUGUAAGAGGGAGUUUAAUGAGUGUUCACCUGUAGAGCAUAAAAGUUCUACAGUGCAUUUGUUUAAUCUCAGACUCAAGCCGAAGUCUGACAGAUAUAUCAUACCUGAAACAAACAAAGGUUUCCAGUUGAUGAAAAAAUCAGGUUGGGAUGGACAAGAAGGACUUGGACCUGAUGGACGUGGUACUAAAUACCCUGUCAAAACUACUCUGAAAACAGACAGAUUAUGUUUAGGAUCAAAAGUUAGCAAAAAACCAAAGGUUACACAUUUUGGACCUAAAGAUGUGGAAGCUGUGAAAUCUGUUCAUAAACAUUCUGAGAGAGUAAUGUCAGCCAGAUCUGUAGCCAAAAGAGAAAGGAAGAAAAGGGAACAAAGAGAUAAGCAAUGGGAACGAAAUUUACGAACCUACAUGAAUAUAGAUUUGUAGGUCAACUUAGAAAUACAAAAUCUUGACAAAGGAAUACCAGUUCAAUUGCAUUUGGGAAGGCUUCAUUUGUCUAGCUUUAAAAUGUGUAAUACGUAGAAUGUAGCAAGCUUAAACAUUAUCAGUGGCAACAUACUUAAUAUUUUAAGAGUUUUUAGUUCACCUGUCAUAUAGUGACAAAGCGAUCUUUAGUGAUUGUCAUUUGUCAUCCGUCGUCGUCAUCCAUCCACAAUUUCUCUUGAAGACGACAGAGACCACGUUUUGCAAUUAACUUUAAUCAAACUUGCACAAACUUGUGUUGGCAUAAUAUCUCAGUUCCAUUCGAAAACUGGGCAAAUCUCUUCAUGGAUUCUAGAGUUAUUAUACCCCACCAAACAUGGUUGAGGGGGUGGGCUAUAUAGGAGUCAGUUUUGUCGCGUCCCGUCGUGAAAUCUAUUAUCUCAGUUAUUACUUAAUGGAUUUGAUUCAAACUUUAAAUAGAUGUUCCACCUUAUCACCCACAUCACGUGACACAAGGUGCAUAUCUCUGACACCAAUUUAUUAUGAGUUAUGCCCCCUUUUACUUAGAAUUUAAGGUUAAUUUUGAUGCAUUUUCACUAUAUCUCAGUUAUUACUAAAUGGAUUUGAUUCAAACUUAAAAUAGGUGUUCCACCUUAUCACCCGCAUCAGAUGACACAAAGUGCAUAACUCUGACACCAAUUUUUCAUGAAUUAUGCCCCCAUUUACUUAGAUUUAAGGUUAAUUUUGAUGCAUUUUCACUAUACAUGUAUAUCAUUCUGAUUGGCUUAGAGCCAAAGGGAAGUAACCUCUUUUUAACCUUUGUACUGAGUUACUUCCCCAUAAAUACCAAGAAUUAGUCUAUUUUUAGAAAUUCUAUUUUUAGAUUUUCAAUAUUUUAGGUAUUUUACUAACUUCUUUAUUAUUAGUCCUACGUAAAAAGUAAAUACAUUUUUCUGUGGUAACAUUUGUCGGUAAGACACUUUUUUAUAUUCAUUUUUGGUGUAUCUCUAAUAUUAGAGAUUUUUAUAUUUACCUCAUCCGUCAUCCUGGGCACAUAUACUAAGUCUAGUAUUACUUAUAUAUGCCGCGGAAGCCCAGGAUGAAGAAAGACGAGUAAUUUUUUAACGUUUUUUAUAUUAUUCUAAGUAUUUUAAAAAUUUCUUAUGGUUGCCAUUCUUCUGUGACAAGGCCGUAUUGUGGAGGUAUAAGUCACAGGAAGUAACUCCUGUGACAGUUCUAGUUUGAAUAAAAUUCGAUAAUUUGGUAUUUUGGCUUUUGCAGCCAUAUAGAGACAUCAUUUAUUGUUUGAUUUUGACACAAACUUGCAAAAUAUUUUUAACAACAAUAGAUCUUGAAUUCCAUGAUGAAUCUUUCAGAUCCAAUCAUAGGUUCUGGAGUUACGGCCCCUGAUAGAGCCAAAAUUUUUUCACUUUUACCCUGUGUACAUGAUAGAAGUGACAUUUAACAUUCGAUUUUAACCACACUUAAACACAACUUGAGUCUCAAUAAGAUCUUGGUUCCUUUCGAAAAACGGCUUGAUUCCAUCAUGUGUUCUAGAGUUUUCUAUUUUGGCCCUUUCAGCCACAUAAAGGUUUCAUUUAUGCUUUGAUUUGAUACAGACUUACACAGAAUGUUUAUUUUGAUGAUCUCUAGGCCAAGUUUAAAACUGGGUCAUGUAGGGGAAAAACUAGGUCACCAGGUCAAAUCAAAGGAAAAUCUUGUUUACACCCUAGAGGCCACAUUUAUGACCCUAUCUUCAUUAAACUUGGUCAGAAUGUUGAUCUUGAUGAUUCCUAUGCCAAGUUCAAAACUGGGUCAUAUGGGGUCAAAAACCAGGUCACCAGGUCAAAUCAAAGGAAAAGCUUGUUACCCUAUUUAAGGCCACAUUUAUGACAUUAUCUUGAUGAAACUUGGUCAGAAUGUUUAUCUUGAUGAUUCCAAGGCCUUUAACAGGUGAGCGAUGUAGGGUCGUCAUGACCGGCUUGUUUCUAAGUUAUUCAUAAAAUCAUGAAAUAUUCCUUGCUUAAAUUGUAACUUUUUAUCCAGUAGUAAAGACUAAAUAAUUUUAGAGCUGAAUUUUACCAAAGUGCUCUGUUUUAGAAAAAAAAUCCUGUAAAAUUCAUAGACAUACGUAUAUUAUUUUGUAUUGUCUUUUAACAUAAUAAUGCUUUUAACAGUUGGUGGUAGCACAGCUAUCAAGUACAAGCUUCUUUUGAAAGGAUUUGUUGCCAUGGCUUUAAUUUCUAUACAAUUUAUUUAUUUUUAGCUCACCAGAGCACAGAGUGCUAGAGGACAGCUAAUGUGAUCACUCAUCAGCAGUCUGUUGUAUGCUCAUCAGAAUUUUCUUCAAAUGAAAUCAUUUCUGAACCAUUUGUCGGAAAUUGAUGAAACUUGGCCAGGAUGUAACUUGGGUGGUCCUCUUCCAACUUUAUUCAGACAGUUAGGACCUUUCCUUAUAAUUAUUAUAUCGAGGGGUUAGAGCCAGAACGUGAUAAGUAUAUUUUUUUAAACUUUGGAGAAAAUUGAAAAAGAUGAUUUUGGAUAUGUAUAACUUUUAUUUGAAUGAGACUAUCAAUGUGAUAUAUGAUCAUAUGAGAGCAAAUACUCACAAGAUAACAAUAAAAAAUUAAGAAACACCAGUGCUUAUAAAAUGUGUUUUUGGUGACAAUUAUACUUUCAUUUUGGUGUAAAAUUAAUUUGUUGAUUAUUUUAGUGUAAAAAUGCAUUAUGUGCACUUGUCCAUAAAUAGACAAUGCUUUAUGGCUAAAUAUCUAGAUUAACAAAGCACCAAGUGCACUUGAUGUGGUUUAUAUAAAUACACAUUGUAUGUUUGCACGGUCUUCACAUUGUGCAUAAGUGCACUUAGACAAGGAAUGUUAAUGUAUGUUGGAAAAACAACAGUAUUCAAAUCAAUAACUACCAAUGUUUGCAGUUAACUCUUUAUGACAUCUAUUCCAGUAAACUUGUAAAACUUUAUGUACCGUUACUAUGUAAAAUAUGUACAUUUCAUCAAAAAAUUAUCUUAAUACUGACAACAGACACAUCUGUGGUGUACUUAGAUUCACCUUAAACCAUUACUCUGGACAAGAGUCGUGAUCACUUUCUAGUGCAUCAGGAUCAGGUAGACAGUCUCUUACAGUUUUGUCAUCUGGUAGGUCUUCAUAGUAUUUAUGAUACUCUGAGGAGACAGUACCGUCUCUGCACAGAGAAAUAAGUCCUUUCUUUUUAGUAGUUGCUAUAGGCAAUUUCUCUACAUACAUUUUAGGCAGCUCCAAAUUUACAGAAAUACUUUUCCUUGACUGCUUGAUUUUCACACAGUGAAAUACCUCGGCAAAAUCACAUACUUGAUAUACUUGAGGUAGAUUUUUCCUUUCUCAACUUUUCGGAACUGAAGCCACUUAAUUUUUUUUCAUUGUACUCUUUUUCCUGUACUAUCAACUAUAUUUUGUGGAAAAACAGACUUUGCCAGGGACUUCAAAUCACGAAAGUCAUAGUGUUUCAUAGGCACAACAGUAUAAGGUUUUUUCUUUCACGCUAAUCUAACGAUUGUGUCCCGCUCGCUUGGAAUGUACGUCUCUUUGCAUUUUCCACUGCUGCAUGGACAGAAUCACUCUUCGUCUGAGUAUGCCCUGUUUCAAGAAACUUUCGGUCGAUGGCUUCUAAAUUUGGACUUUUAUUGAUACGGCUGCAAUGAACCUGUUUCGAUUCUGACCUGAACAACAAUCUGAAUAGAGGCAAAGAUGUUUUAUUGUUAAUGGCAAAGACUGUAUGCAAGUCUGUAUGCAAGAUCCUAUCUCACACGCCCCUCUGUUUCCCUCUGUUUCAUUCCAGAGACAGUAUGUGACACUUCCGUCUUUCAGCGAGUAGAAUGACAAAUUGUAACAUUGUAACAGCUUAGUUUCCGUUUAUAGUAUGUGUGUGUUCGUGUUUAACGUCUUUUUCAACAAUUUUUCAGUCAUAUAAACGACGAUGUCUACUUGUAGCAGUGAGCACAAUGCCCAACUUUACAGUGCUGCCUCACUGGAAUAUCACGCCGUAGUCACGUGGCAUGACACCCCACCCAGUCACAUUAUACUGACACCGGGCUGACCACUCUAGCACUACCCUCUUAAUGCUGAGCGCCAAGCGAGGAAGCUACUAGUACCAUUUUUUACGUCUUUGGUAUGACGCGGCCGGGGAUCGAAUCCACGACCUCCCGCACUCAAAACGGACGCUCUACCACUCGGUUACCGAGGCGGUAUUCCGUUAAAUAGUAGACUUGACUUACAAGAGAGCAAGGGAUUGGCAAUACAGCUUCCGAGUCGAAAGUAACAGCAUAGUAUGAACGAUCUGUUUUGCUUUAGUUUUGUCUUUCUCCUUCUCCCUUGCUUUCAAUUUCCUAUUUAAGUGGUCUUCAUAGUUUUGUCUUAUUUCAUCAUGCCUCCUUUUGAUGAUAAAUGACGCAUGUUUUACAUUGAUCUACUUCUGGUACAUGAAAAGAGUAGUUGUACUCCUCACAAAAUAUUGCCCUGUACUUUUCUCUGCUGCACACCUCUCUUUAUAUAACCUUUACAUCUAUGUGUUUUUCAGACCCGUUUAUCACACAGAGAACACGCUCGUCGUUUCUUUGCACUUAUUCGUAUUCUCUCCGGGUUACUUUCCUUCACACUGGCACACAAGAAAUCUUUUUGGCGUUCGUAUGAUCCAAGAUUCCAGAAUUUCUGAAACACUUCAUCUCUCUCUCUCUUCAUGCGUGAAGUUCUUACUGCAUUUAAAUCUGCAGUUACAAUGCACAUCUAAUGGUUGUUUUGUUUCAACAAUCUUCCCUUUUGUGUUUGUGUAUUGUAAUCCGAACAUGCGACGUUUCUUUCAGAUAUUUUAGCUCCACUAUUCGGAAAAUAGGGGUGCUGUUCUACUUGCAUCCACUGACUUAGAUUGAAAAGAACGACAGUCUACAAUGGAAUGGCUAGCUCUGUGUAUUGGACACCUAAGUUGUAUCUUAACCUUAGAUUCACUUGCUCAAACUGGAUAAUGAAUGUCAGUCUUUUUAACAGUUGAAGCUUCAAACCACGUUGUCUUUUCAACACUGGUUGCAUUACAUAUGAGAGACGGGUCAUUCCUUGUCUUUGCCAUAUCAUGUACAAAUUCUAGAAACAAUGAGAUAGGUGGGAACAUAAUCAUUAUUGUUCUUCUUGAACACCGCGGCAUUUCUCUUGUAGGGGUAAGGGCAGCAUCUGAAAAAAUUGGCAGCACUCCUGACGAAUCAAUUUGGAUCUUGCUUUAAAGCCUCUACUUCUGACAAUACGUCUGCAAGUUUAUCAAGUGCCUUUGUGUGUUUAACACUAAUCUUGUUCAUGCGAUUAAGUUUUGUCAUAACAGCCCGCUUCACAAGUUCUGGGGCACCAUGUCUUCAAGUCUGUUCCAAAUCCUUUCACAGCCUAGUGUCGGAUUGCUGAUAUACACUGAUCUUAGGCUGAUGGCAUGACCCUUAGACUCAGGCCCGAGAUAUUUGACAAGCAAGUCGACCUCUUCAGAUUGGCUAGUCUUGAAAAUCUGCUUUCCAGAUUUUAUUGAGUUCCAUGGUGACACUUUUGAAACUGGCCUUCCAUUCUUGUAAGCAAACGAUCUUUCUUUAAGAGGAAGCACCAAAGGUCAGAUACAAGAAUGACUUUGUCCGGAGCAUUUCUUCUUCAUGCAUAGAGGGAUUUUGAUGUAACUUGGCACAAUUGUACACCAUCAUGAGGCGGAGUGUCAUGCGCAGGUCCAUUCUUUAGAAUUACUUCCCUUUGUUGUUACUAUAAAUAGCUUAUAUUGUAACUUUUUCAUUACUAGUGAAAAAUCGAGAUCACGUUUCUAUAGUGCAACAUGCAUGUUACAUCUAAUUUUGAGGUGUAUUUUGACCUAUCUCUACAUGGUAAGGAUUUUUGUGUGGACUUACAUUUUUUUUGGAUUUUUUUAGGAUUAACUUCCCUUAGUUGUUACUAUAAAUAAAUUAGAUUGUAACUUUUUUAUAACUGUAAAUGUUACUUUCAAAUUUUAGGUGUAUUUUAAGGUAUCUCUACCUGGUAAGGAGUUUUUUUGUGGACUUAGAAAAACAAACGAAUUACAAUAAUUACUAAACAACCACAAAAUUAAAAUUCCAUUUGCAAAUACAGGUGCCAGUGUAAGGAAAUUUGCUGUGACGGGCUUAUAUUGUGACAUUCUGGCACUGUUGUUGAAGCUGUUUUCUCUUAUUGUUUUUAAAAGUCGAUUUCUUGCUUUUUUCCUUUUUGAACCUUUUGCUUGGCGGAUGAAUUUACAUCACUUGCUGGGUUUAUAAGUCUUUUCAUCUCCAGAGUAAUUGUCAGGUCUCCAUUUCUCCGCAAAGAGACACAAAGGUAUGUUGUCUUCAUCUGAGGAAGUGCUGACAUACUUCAGUUUUUGCUGAGUUUUACAAUUAUUUUGUAUUUUCUUGCGCGAGUGAUUUACUCGUGUUUCCUGCACAUUAGAUGCACCUUAAGUUUCCUGCUUUUUUUUAUUUCUAAACUUUUCGUCUGCUGUUUUAGCUCACCUGAGCCAAAGGCUCAUGUUGAGCUUUUUUGACCGCUCAAUGUCCGUCGUGCGUCGUCCGUCCGUCAACAAUUUCUAAAGAAAUCUUCUUGAAAACCACUGGGCAGAAUUACACAAAACUUCACAGGAAUGAUCCUUAUGUGGUCCCCUUUCAAAAUUGUUCAAAAAAUUGAAUUCCAUGCAGAACUCUGGUUGCCAUGGCAACCGAAAGGAAAAACUUUAAAAAUCUUCUUGUCCAAAACCGCAAGGCCUAGAGCCUUGAUAUUUGGCAUGUGACAUCAUCUAAUGGUCCUCUAUGAAAAUUGUUCAAAUUACGCCCCUGGGGUGAAAAGAGGGGGUCCCAAUUUUUGCAUAGACUUGUAUAGGAAAAUGUUUUGAAAAUAUUCUUGUCUAAAACCUCAAGACCUAGGCCUUUGAUAUUUGAUAUAUAGCAUUGCCUUGUGGUCCUCUACCAAAAUUGUUCAAAUCAUUACCCUGGGGUGAAAAGAGGUACCAAAUUUUACAUAGACUAAUAUAGGAAAAAGCUUUAAAAAUCUUCUUGUCCGAAACUGCAAGACCUAGGCUUUUGAUAUUUGGUAUGUUGCAUUGUCUUGUGGUCCUCUACCAGAAUUGUUCAAAUUGUGCCCCAUAGGGUGAAAAGAGGCCCUGCCCCAGGGGAGGGGGGUGUCAAGUUUUUAUUUUUAAUUAAAAAAUCUUCUUGUCCUAAAGUUCAAGGCCUAGGCCUUUGAUAUUUGGUGUGUAGCUUUGCCUAGUGGAUCUCUUACAAGACUGUUUAGAUAUUACACCUCUGGGAUGAAAAGAGGCCCCGCCCUGGGGUCACUUGUUAUAUGAGUUAUAUAGGAAAAAAAUACUUAAAAAUUAUUAGGGCAUAGUUCCUAGACUGUUUAAUUAUAAUAACCUGAUGACCCCAAGUGAUUAGGGGUCACCUGACUGUGGCCUUGACCUACUGACCUACUUUUUUUAAGAUGCAACCUUGAAACUUGGAUGACAUGUUAAGCACACAUAUCUUAAAACUGACUUUCAGUGACCGUGAAUGUGACCUACUGACCUACUUUCUUUAUAUUUUAGGAUCAGUUUGUCAUUUGAAUUAUGUGGCUCAUAUUACUCAGGUGAGCGAUUCAGGGUCAUCAUGACCCUCUUGUUUAAAUUCUGUUAGGGAAGAGUCUAUUCAAAGCAUUGAGAACAAAGUAAAACGUUGCAUUGUC